AUGUAUGCUCUACAAUGUGGCAUGACUCCUAACAAAUCUAAAAAAUCAUCUGUCCAUGACACCAUAGUUGAUCCAGUUACAGCUUUACCCCCAACACGCCUAGUUCAUUAUGAGUUGUUAAAUGUUGAAGACGACGAAGAUGUUGAACUCAUGUUUGAUGUUCAUAAACAGUGGCCGCAACUCGGAUCUAUCGAGUUAUAUGUCACAUUUGAGGAUGGUAAUCCAUUAUACGAUAUUGGUCAACCAUCAUCCUCAACCACACCUCACCCUGAAUACCAUUUUGAAACACAAAACACUUAUUCUUUUCAAAAUAAUGAAUCUUACCAGCCCGACUCAUACCAACCCGAACCAUACUUUGACCAUGCCGAAACAUCUGAACCUGAACCAUCUCAACUUGAACCAUAUAUUCCACUAGGUGAUAUGACCGAUUUUGAUCAACAAGAAAUAAGUGAAGAGAGUGAAGAAGAAACAUACUUUGAUGAAGACGAGGACGAUGAAGGUGACAACGACAAUGAUGACGAUCUAGAGCUAACAUAUGAUCCACCAUUCCAUAUGUGUAAUCUAAAUUUGGAUAAUACUUACCAAUCCUCCGAAUUUGAUAUGCAAUCUAAUGAACCACCUCCAUUAGAUGCAUCUCUUGAGAUUGGAAUGAAGGCUUCGUUAAGUCAAAAAAGUAACCAAUGGAUGAUUGGUCAUUUGAAAGGACCCCACAAUUGCGCAAAUUCUUCUAUGUCACAGGAUCAUACCAAGCUCGACUCUAACAUCAUAUGCGAAAGCAUAAAGUCUCUUUUGAAAGCUGACCCAUCAAUUAAAGUGAAGGUGAUCAUUGCACAUAUUCGGGAACGAUACAACUAUACAAUCACUUACAGAAAGGCAUGGAUGGCAAAGAACAAAGCUAUCGAAACGAUUUAUGGGAACUGGGAAAAGUCUUACAAUGACCUUCCAAGGUGGUUGUUGACUAUGCAAAAAUUUCUUCCAAGAACUAUUGUGGAAAUGGAAGUAUCAGUUGCAUAUCCUGAUAAUACUCUAUUGCAGGGGUCAAAACUUUUCAAACGAUUAUUCUGGGCUUUCCCUCCGUGCAUAUCUGGGUUUAAAUUUUGUAAACCAUUUGUCUCAGUGGAUGGAACUUGGUUGUACGGAAAUCGAUCCAUGGUGCAAGUGAGUGAAGCAAUGACUUUAGGCCUCAACCUAUCAAAAAGUUUGAGAAAAAAGGGCAUAGAAAACAAUUCUUGCAAAAGAGAGAGGUGGCUAAAGAAGAAUAAGACAGGGAAAUGGUCAAUAGAACUAGGGUUUCAGCUGGCAUUUGAACCUUUUUUAUGCAAUAUUGAGAUUAGAACCUUAUACCAUGUAGUUUUAUUUUGA